GCUUGGAUGUCUAAUAUAAAUUCAGAUGAAUCAGCAAUAAAGACUGUUGUGUCGAGUGAUGAUGAUUUGAUCCUUGCUCUAAAGGAAUUGGUUUCUUUGGAUAAUAAGAGUGAAUCAAAAAGAGCAUCGUAUAGUCUCUUCACGUCAUAUGAUUCACUCAAAGAGCAGAUUCGGCGAAUCGAACAACGUAAACAAUCCGCUGUAUUACACUUGGAAGAAGAAUUAAAAGCUCAGCAAGAAUUUGUUGAUAACUGCGCGCAGAUCGGACAAAAUAUGACUGCGAUACUGUACAGUAAUUCGCCGACAUCUGAAUUAAUAUUGGCUCCGAUACCCUUGUCAGAUUUACAAAUUUCGUUACGUCGAAAAACUAAUCGAAUUAAGCCAAAGUUGGGUCAAAUUGCCAAAGAAAUAAUAAAUGAUGAACAGACAAAAAAACACAAGGAAAUGUUUAAAUUAUUCCAUACUGAUCCUGCCAGAUUUAGGCAAAAAUAUAUAGCAGGAAGUAUCGGAUAA